GAGGUAAUUAAAAUCUAUACAGAAAUAAAAAUAUAUAGAAAACCUUUUGCACACAUCAAAGCGAUCCUCAUACGAUAUAUCUAUGGAGUAAAGCAUCUUAUCUAACACAGUUACAUUGCAGUUUUGUUUAUUGACCGUAGUAUUUAGUUAUUAGGAACUCUUCAACUAUUACUUUUUAUCUCAAAAUAUUUAUGAUCAAUAACAAUAUUUUUAUUUUACAUUCAUCACGUGACCACACCAUAAUGUUACAACUACUAGUUAGACAUUUAUUCACUUAAAAUAUACUUUAUGCGUCUUAUUAUUGUAUCAAUUCAAUGUAAAAACACAUUUAUUUGUAAAAAUACCGAAAUAAAAAUCAUCUAAAAAUUAUUAAAGGAGAGACAAUGGUAACUAAGAUUGUUAGCAAAUACCGUAAACGUUUUGGAAACACACUCACUUAUCUAAUUUAGCAUAGAACUUAGAUCUGAUUUGAUACCUGGAAAUGUGGCCAGAAACUGCAUUAUCGAGUGGAGUAGGCUCCCUGAAGCGAUAACUCAGUUACUUAGAUGUCCAGGAGUGCGGGCCUGUGGUAUAUAGCAGGGACCUUGCUUGGGCCUGCCACUGUUCAGCGCCAACUCCACAGACCAACAGCACUAUUUGACAUGGCCUCCAAGACCGUACUGUGUGUUCUGCUGCUGACGGCUCUUGUGCUCACCGUCUGUGCUGACCCGGCCAAUAUCGGCACGUGCAUCCGCAACUGUGCGCAGUGCAAGAAAAUGUUCGGCUCUUACUUCGAGGGCCAGCUGUGCGCCGACUCCUGCCUCAAGUUCAAGGGCAAGCUGAUACCGGACUGCGAGGACGUAGCGUCCAUCGCUCCCUUCCUCAACAAGUUCGAGUAGAGCUGCUGGAGAUCUGGAGCCUUGGAGUCUAUGGAGCCAAGAAGACGUCUCUUACUGUGCUACCGCUUAGGUGCUAAAAGCAACCCAUAUAGCUAAUGUAAGCGUGUGAUGUAUUACUGUCAAAGGUUGCUUUGUAAGUAAGCGGAUACUAUUGUCUGUCAGAUGUAGUAUUAAAAAUUGAUAGAGUUUCUUGUAGGCGCUUUAUCACUUCACCAAGUUGUUGCGUACAUUGAAAAGCCACCCUAUGACGUUAGUGCCAUCUAUAUAACUAUUUUUUUAGUUGUUUUCAACCAAUUAUUCUUAUGAUAUAUUUGUGAAAACAGGUAGAAGGCUACUUUAUUAUGCUAAACAUUAUACUUAUUUGACAAACAGAUACAAUAUGAUUAGAUAUACCUUUUGUUAUUAGCAUGUCUAAUAAGGUAUUCAGUGAAAACCUGUACAGGUAUUAUGUAUAAUCCUAAUCAUGUGUUAUGCUUUUUUAUUUGCAUUAGAUUAGUCUUUAAAAAUCCUCGCUUUUAUUUACAAAAACUACAAAAAUAUAUAGGCUGACAAAGAGAAUGCACGUGAUUUUUAUAUCAGGUGCAAAAUUCACUGUUUGGUAUUGCUGUAUGCCACUGCGUUUCUGGUCUAUAUAUGUAAUUUAUUCUUAAGAGUGUGUACGUGCUUUAAACAAAAACGAGUGUGCAAUAACUGAAGAAGUAAAUAUUAUAUUUCUUGUCUUUCACUUUAAAUUACUCCCAUCGUAUAUGAAAAAACCUCAAUUGUUUUAAAAUAUUUGCAAUUUAUUUAGUACAAUAAUAACGAUAAUCCCACAUGCCUUACUUUAUCGAGCGUAAUAUAUAUUCCCUAAAGAAACUUUAACAAUUUUUUUUUAAUAAACUUUAAAAGUCGUCCUUUUAUUAUCUACACAGAAACUAGAUAUCACCUAUGGUAGUUAAAAAAUUGUAUUGACUUUUUUUAACUAUAAAUUGAUUCUUAAAUUUCAUUCAAAUAUGAGAAAGGUAUAUCUAUUCAACUUUUAAAGUAAAAUUAAUUAUUUCACCAUUAAUGCACAGUAUACAUUUUGAAGUUAGAUUAAUAACGUAAGCCGUAUGAAAUAAAAAUAUAGAAUACCUAAUACUGUUUAAAUUCCAUGAAUAAUUUCCCUCCACUACUGCAGUAACAUAACUUACUGUUAAUAAUAAUAAUAAAUUAAUUGCAUUAGUCAUAAGAUAUUUACAAUGCAUUUACGAAUAAGAACUAGUCAAUUAUUUCAUUGUAGAAAGUUUAGAUCAUUGUGUUGUAUUAUGUAUAGUGCGUUUGUAAUUGCUUUGAAGAGCAUUCAG